AUGGGUAUCAUUUUUUCAAAGAUUGGUGGAUAUUUUGCAAGAAAAAUAGACAACUGUAAAUGUGCAAUCAGAAACAAAAUAGAUGACACCAAGCAAGCAAUCAGAAAUAAAAUUAAUGACAUUAAAAACAGCAUUAAUAACAAAAUUAACUCUUGCAUUAAUGGUGUUAAAUGCUGUCUGAGAAGCAGAAGAGAUGACCUGGUGAAUGGAGUUUUGGGAGUUAGGGAUGGAAUAUACAACAGAAUAACCAGAAUAAAAAACCAAAUCUGUGAUACAUGCAGAAACAUUAGAGACAACAUUUAUGGGAAGAUAAGAUAUGUACGAGAUUCAGUCGUGGGUGCUAAAAAUGCCGUAGUUGAUGCGGUUGUGUCAACGAAAAACAGCGUUGUUGGAAGGUACAAUGCAGUUAAAAACAACACUUACAUGAGGUAUCGACGAGUUAGGGAUGCCAAACUAACAAAAAUUCAAAAAGUUGAGUACUCGGUAGUAGUCAUAAUCUUGCUCUUCGUGAUGUAUGUCAUGCUGGCAACUGCUUAUAAUAUUUACUAUGAGGAUUACAAUUCCGCUCAACAGAGAAUGAUCACGAUCUACGACAAUACCUGCAUAGUAACCAACUUCACAUUUGAAUACACUUGUUUAUCUCUACAGUAUGCCUGGCUAGGUAGCAAGUUUUGCAGCUACCAUGCCUGGCAGUUCAUACAAUAUGUAUCCAUAUACACAUACGAAAUGUUACUGACCAUCAAGCACCAUUUCUACGAGGCCUCUAAAUCAUUUUUUGAAUUCAUUGUGCAAACUCUAAAAAUGUUCUGCCUGUACAUCUGGUGGUUGUUGCAGCAACUGGCUGAAUAUUUAUACAUAGCUGCCUCAUUUGCUGGCCACUACCUACAUAAAGUAAGUUGCAUUGCUUAUGAACACACAAAACAUGGAACACUCAUAGCUUCUGGUUAUGCCAGAGAAGGUGCCAAAAUAUCAUUUCAGUAUUCAAAGAUUGGUUGUGCAUAUGCUUUUGAACAUGGCAGUGUGUUCUUGAAGGAUUUCAGCAAAAAAGCCUUUAAGUACCUUGUCUACCUUGCAACCGACUUUCGACACGCUUCUGUGGAGACCAUUUACUGGUUGAGGGAAAAUGGACAGGUAGCCAUUGUUUGGUUGUCCACCAGCUCGUACCACUUCAUCUGUCUCUGCAUCAGCUACACAUAUGAUUUUAUUGUUUUUGCUUAUUAUGGCUUCUUCGAUCUCAUUGGCUGGUUGUAUGACUCGAGUUUUAUACUGGCUGAUCUAAUUUCUGACUUUGCAGUGAAUGCUUGUCAGAUGGCUCUCGAUUUAAGUGUACAGGCUUGUGUUAAAGUCCAAGAAAUAGCUGUACAUACGUAUGAUUAUGUUGUGACGGCCUCAAUAGCAAUAUAUGAGACUGUAGUCACAACUUGCAUCAAUGUGUAUGAUUGGCUAGUCAAUACAUACUACGACGUUAUUGAUUGGUCCAUCUAUAUUUAUGAAGUUUUAAAAACAUUCAUGAAUGACCACGGAUUUGUUUGGAUGUCAAAAAUAAAUUCAGUCAUCGUCAACAUCGUAACGUUCCUCUCGAGAAGUCUCUACAAGUUCUUCUCAGAUCUCUGUCUCCUGGUCAGCAAACUAGUCUACGCCAUAUCCGAGAAGAUAUACACGUUGGUCUACUACGUCAUCACGUUGUCGUACAACCUCAUCUUCCUCCUCAUCAGCAGCUUCAGACUGCUGAUCACCACGCUCAUGGUGUGCAUGAGGUGGUUGUUUGGUAGCAUCAUCUGGCUCAUGUUGAUGGCUGGUAGGACCUACUCGUCAUUCAUGAACACCUACAAUUACUACAGGGAGCUUCUCUUCCUAGCUUUCAUCUCCUUACUCACCUUCUACUCUGUGGGAGUGGCCAAGGAUAGAAAGCGGUCCGAGAAAGUGGUGAUGAUGACGUUGUUGGGAAGAGAUAGUGAUGAAAUGGAAGUUGAGGAUGAGGAUGAUGGUGACGAUGAUGAUGACGACGAAGAUGAUGGUGGCAAUGAAGAUGUUGAGGGUGAUGAAGAUAAUGGAAAUGACAAAAUCAAAAAUUACAAGGAUGAAGUUGGUGAUGACGAUGUCAGCAAUAAACAAGUCAAAUGUGAUAAAAAAGUGACUUAUGGUGAAGACAAUCUUGGUGAUGGUGAUGCUAUGGUAAGCAUUAAACUGCAGACGAAAACAGACAAUGUUGAAUCUCAGAUGAAUUUGAGUGAGUCAUCUUUUAAAAAGGUUGGUGAUGAGGAUGGUGAAGAUGUAGUUGGUAGUUGUGUGGCUGAUGUUGCUGACACACCCAUCGAUGAAAACAUUACAAACGUUUCAAACAUCUCUGCUGAAUCAAACAAAAGCAAUGUCAACAAAGAUGUGAAAGUCAUUGAUGCGGUGGAUGCAAAAGCUGCUGAAGAUAAUUUGAAGCCUACAUCAAGUGCUCAAGUUAACCAAGCUGCUUCACAGGGAACUGUAAAUAAACCUGAUGACGAUAUCAUUAAACAAAUUGAGAAAGAAACUAAAUCAGAUGAAAGUUACAGUUGA